GUGAUUUUUGGGAGACUAUCGCUGGAUGUCGUAUGAUCAGGUGUAUAAAGAAGUGAGAGCUUUCGGCAGCGGUUUGGCUGCUUUAGGACAGAAACCUCUGAAAAACAUUGCCAUCUUCUGCGAGACAAGAGCGGAGUGGAUCAUAGCGGCUCAGGCCUGUUUCAUGUACAACUUCCCAUUGGUCACUCUUUACUCUACUCUGGGUGGUCCUGCUAUUGCUCAUGGACUCAAUGAAGCUGAAGUUUCUCACAUCAUCACCAGCAAAGAACUUCUGGAAACCAAACUCAAGAAUAUUUUUCUAGAGGUGCCCAGAUUGCAGCACAUCAUUGUUGUGGACGAUAAACUCAAGAGCGGCUCUGAAUACCCACGAGGCAUCAGUGUCCACAGCAUGGCGGCUGUAAAGAGGCUGGGGGCCCAUCCUGAGAAUGUGUCGAGACAGAGACGUCCUCCGAGUGCGUCUGAUGUGGCUGUGAUCAUGUACACCAGCGGCUCCACCGGCGUGCCAAAAGGAGUCAUGAUCUCUCACAGUAAUAUUAUAGCUGGAAUCACCGGCAUGGCCGAGAGGAUUCCCAACCUCGGCGAGGAUGACACAUACAUUGGCUACCUUCCUCUGGCUCACGUGUUGGAGUUGAGCGCGGAGAUGGUGUGUUUGGCUCACGGCUGCAGAAUCGGCUACUCUUCACCACAAACACUCGCAGACCAGUCCACCAAGAUAAAGAAGGGAAGCAAAGGGGACACUAGCGUCCUGCGGCCCACUUUAAUGGCAGCAGUACCAGAGAUCAUGGAUCGCAUCUAUAAGAAUGUGAUGCUAAAAGUGGAGGAAAUGAGUGUUUUUCAGAGGACUCUGUUUCUGUUGGCCUACAACUAUAAGAUGGAGCAGCUUGCGAUGGGAUACAGCACCCCACUGUGUGACAGGCUGGUCUUCAGGAAGGUCCGGGCGUUGUUAGGUGGCCGUUUGCGGGUGUUACUGUCAGGCGGUGCACCUCUGUCUGCUGCGACCCAGCGCUUCAUGAACAUCUGCUUCUGCUGUCCUGUAGGUCAAGGCUACGGCCUCACGGAGACCUGCGGCGCUGGGACCAUCAGCCAGCUGUGGGAUUACAGUACAGGACGAGUUGGUGCACCGCUGGUUUGCUGUGAGGUUCAGCUGAAGGACUGGAUAGAAGGAGGAUAUCGCAGCACAGACCGGCCCUGUCCACGAGGAGAGAUUCUGGUCGGUGGGCCCAACGUAACAAUGGGUUACUACAAGAAGAAAGAGAAGAACAGUGAGGACUUCUUCGUGGAUAAGAAAGGCCAGCGGUGGUUCUGCACCGGAGACAUCGGAGAGUUUCACGGAGACGGCUGUCUGAAGAUCAUCGACCGCAAGAAAGACCUGGUGAAGCUGCAAGCGGGAGAAUACGUGUCUCUGGGAAAAGUGGAGGCCGUCUUGAAAAACUGUGCACUUGUGGACAACAUCUGUGCCUAUGCCAACAGUGAAGAGUCUUACGUGAUUGGCUUUGUGGUGCCCAAUCAGAAGCAGCUGCUGGCGCUGGCUGACAGGAAGUGUGUCAGGGGUUUGUGGGAGGAGCUUUGUAACAACCCUGUCAUCGAGGAGGAGGUGCUUAAAGUCAUCACAGAAACAGCACUUACAGCCCAGUUAGAAAGAUUCGAGAUCCCACGGAAGAUCCGGCUGAGCGUUGAGCCCUGGACCCCAGAGACCGGCCUGGUGACAGACGCUUUUAAACUCAAACGAAAGGAGCUCAAAACUCACUACCAGAACGACAUUGAGAGGAUGUACGGUGCCAAAUAGAGACAAACAGAGCCAAACUACUCAUUCCAGGAAAGAGAAAGUAACUUAUCUCACCGUAGCAACUUCAAAUCAGGAUGGAGAUUUCCAAUGGGGCGUUACAGACGUGAACAUAAUGGUUUCAAAUUAUUUCGUACAGUGUGAUGACCAGCACUCACAACCAGCAAUACAUAAAUGCACCAAAAGUGAUGCUAACUUCUGCUAAACUUAACUGCUAAAUUAGAGACCCCUCCAUCCCUUCCAAAUUCAUGCAUGCUCCCCAAAAACCUGCCAUGUCAGCAAAUCAGAAGUAAAAUAACCGACAAGCAAACAGGUUCUGUGCUGUAAAUAGAUAGAGUUACAUGCACCCAAAUAAUCCGAUAAUAACUGCUUGAUUGAACCACCUUGAUUGAAUCUGAAUUACAUUUCAAUCAGAUUGAAUCCUGAAAAAAAUCUGUCCAAUAGAAAAGAAAAAAAAAGAUGCAGAGAAGUGUUUUUACGUCAUACACACAUGUUUAUUUUCGCCUCGCGUUUAAUGAACUGGUCCGUGGAGGAGAAUGUGUACAAAAUAUUUGCUAAAAAAAAGCUUUAGGAUAUGUCAUCAAGACUAAAACUUCAAUUAUGUUCGCAAUAGACCAGGAGAAAACGCUAGAUUGGAUUUUUAACCAAUUUACGAAAAUUAAUGCAUGUGUAUAUACCUAAUAUGCGAUUUCUCAGGACAUUUUAUCCAUGUUAUUCCCCAAAAAAGCUUUGUCAUGGCUUGAAAUACUUCCCAUGAUGCUUUGGAUCUCCAAAAUGUUGCUGGACAAACCAAAUCACAGAAGCCAGUUUCACAGUCAAUCAAACCUUCAGUUUCAAACAAAUACGACUUGUAGAUAUCUUAAUGAAACUCUUCCAACAUCAGUUGACAUCAGCAAGUUUCUGUCCAAAUAGGAAUCGUUUUUCUAUUUUUCCAUUACCGUCUGUUAAUACGGUCAGGAGACCAAUGAAAAAAAAAUCAAGCAAUAUCAAAUAUAUUUACUUAUUACUGUAUCUUGGAUUACUGUUGCAAUAAUUAGCUUUAUUUAAUAUAAGAACGUGCUCAUUGAACAGUAUGAAAUUCUGAUUGAUGUUGUAGAAUUUGAAUGUUCCUAUUGGGUGACUUUAUAUCCUGCUGGACAGGGUAAUAGAUCUAGAAUGAUUAAUACAUACCAUUCAGCCAGGUCCGUUAAACAUUUUGAACUGAAUUGACUCAUUUCUCUGAGAUUUUGCACUAUUCGUCUAUAAAGACGCUCUGACUUGUGCUUAAAUUUAGAGAGUUGAACCGUUUCAUUCCGAAAUAACAGACCAGACUUGAUGCAAAUUGAGUUGUUAAAUUUCUGUCUGGCAUUUAGGAGCUUGUGUAAGAUCAAAGUUUGGCUGGUAAGCUUAGCUUAACUAAUCUCACCAUGAUUUUGGUCAAAGUGGGCGAAAUUUCAAAAUCAGCCGUGUAUUCUGAAAUAAACUGAAUAUAUAAAUUGCAAAAAAGUCAUUGUAUUAUAUGUUCAACCUUUUUUUCCAUAAUAAACCAAAUACAUAAAUUGUAUAAAUCUAAUUGUAUUAAUGUAUAAAUCUCACUUUCGAAAAUGUUUUACUUAAGUCUGAAUUGAAACAGUCACGUGACCUUUACGGCUAAGCUGAUUGGCUCCAAAACUAUUCUUCAGACCUAACUGUGCAUGAAGCAAAUUAGUGUUAAAUUAGACUUAUAAUAAUGGUUUUAUUAUUCACAGCUGAUAAAAGGCUCCCCGGCUCUUUUCUUUAUCCUCUCUCUGCUUGUUAAAUGUCCUCGCUGUGAUCCCUGUGGAAGCGGCUGCCAUAAACUCUGUUCUCAUUGUUUAUUUCUCUCACGCUCUCUCUCUUCUCAACAUUAUUACUUUGUCCUUUUGGUCCUACGCUGUUUGGUGCCCCUGACAAUAGCCUGUUUUGAACUAAAAUGAAAUCAGACAUUGCAAUAUCAGGCCAUAAGCUAUUCAUUUAUUUUGCCAUUUGCCUUCAAAUUGAUCCUGUGAAGUUGAGAUAAUGGAAUAAAGGACUUUCCUCUGCAAAACUCAGCUUUAAAGUUUGGUUUGUGGGUAAUUCCUACUGUGAAGCACACAUCCAAUCCAGUAUAUGUCUUAUGAAUAAACUUAAUUAUUAAAGAUCACUAUUAAGUGAAUAGAGUGAGUUGUUAUUACAGUGGAUGUUGCCUAUUUAUUGUCAAUGUUUCAAACAAAUCAUGUUUACAGGUGCAUAUUGUUUUAACUGGUAAUCAAUUUUAUUUCAACUUUUCAUUCUACUGGUCUUUUGUGAAAUCCCUUAAACAAACAAAAGCCAUGUUUACAUGAGAACAUUAUUUUGUUUUGCAAACAGCAGUGAAAACAUCAGUAAGUUUUAGCAAUGGAUUUAAAGAAUUGUGUGAUGUUUUGUGAUAUCAGUUUGUUAGUGUCACUCUAAAACAUUCAAAAUGAACUUCAGGUUAAACAGUUUUAAAGCAUGACCUCAAUCCUUCACUGAGCAAUGACUAACUUUAGCUCCAUUGUGUAAAUAAUAAUGAAUAAAGUUGAAGUGUCUGAUCUUGACCAGAGCAUAUGUCUGAAGGUCUGCUAUUCCCUUUUAUAGAAAUACUUCCAUAACAGAGCUGCAGCGUACAAAAGUCCCUAUAGUGAUUGCAAAAAUUCCAUGUAACUGAAGGAAUUAAAUGUUGUAAUGCUGAUGGUUUCCUCCGA